AUGGCUUUGGCUUUGGAAGAGCUACAGAAGGAUCUAGAAGAGGUGAAGGUGUUGCUGGAAAAGACUACCAGAAGAAGAGUCCGUGAUGCCCUUACAGCAGAGAAGUCCAAGAUUGAGACAGAGAUCAGGAACAAGGUGCAACAGAAGUCACAGAGCAAAGCAGAAUUUGACAACGAGAAGCUGGCUUUUGUGGUUGCUCCCAUCACAGCGGGCUAUACAGUGAAGAUCAGUAAUUACGGAUGGGAUCAGUCAGAUAAGUUUGUGAAAAUCUACAUUACUCUAACUGGAGUUCAUCACGUUCCCACGGAGAACGUGCAGGUGCAUUUCACAGAGCAGUCAUUUGAUCUUUUGGUAAAGAACUUAAAUGACAAGAAUUACUCCAUGAUCCUGAACAAUCUGUUGAAACCUAUCUCAGUGGAAGGCAGUUUAAAAAAAGUCAAGACUGACACAGUUCUUAUCUUAUGUAGAAAAAAUGCAGAGAACACCCGAUGGGACUACCUGACUCGGGUUGAAAAAGAAUGCAAAGAAAAAGAAAAGCCCUCCUACGACACAGAAACAGACCCUAGUGAAGGACUGAUAUGAAUGUGCUGAAGAAGAUUUAUGAAGAUGGAGACGACGACAUGAAGCGAACUAUC